AUGGCAUCCGCAGUUUCUAAGCGCCUUGAAGGCAAGACCGUUCUUAUCACCGGAGCAUCCUCCGGCAUUGGAAAGUCUACAGCGUUUGAGUUCGCUCGAACAAGUCCCAGUAACUUGAAGCUAGUUCUUACAGCUCGCCGAAUCGACAGUCUCCGACAAAUUGCUGAAGAUAUCGUCAAGGAAGUCGGCGAUGGCGUCAAGGUGCAUCCGGUGCAACUGGAUGUCAGCAAGCCCGACGAAGUGCGCUCUUUCUUGGGCAAGCUUCCUGCUGAGUUCACUGAGAUUGAUGUCUUGGUGAAUAAUGCCGGUCUCGUCAAGGGCGUUGACAAGGCACCCGAGAUCAAGGAAGAAGAUGUCAACGUCAUGUUUGCUACCAACGUCACGGGUUUGAUCAACAUGACACAAGCUGUCCUGCCCAGUAUGCUCAAGCGCAACAACGGCGAGGGAGCUGGCGACAUCAUCAACAUUGGCUCCAUCGCCGGCCGUGAGCCAUAUCCUGGCGGCAGCAUCUACUGUGCUACCAAGGCCGCAAUCCACUCCUUCACUGAGAGUUUGCGCAAGGAGCUUAUCUCAAAGCGUGUUCGUAUUAUCAGGAUUGAUCCUGGUCAAGUAGAGACCGAAUUCUCUGUCGUGAGAUUCUAUGGCGAUAAGUCAAAGGCAGAUGCCGUAUACGCUGGCUGUGAGCCUUUGACGCCAGACGAUAUUGCUGAGGCAAUUGUCUUUGCUGCUGGUAGAAGGGAAAACGUUGUCAUUGCGGAUACAUUGAUAUUCCCCAACCACCAGGCUGCGGCAACUGUCAUGCACAGGAAGUCAUAG